GGGGAUUAUAGCAGCUUUUCAGGUCACCAAAUCUUGUUGUUUUAAUUUCUGUCUGGAAGAAUGUCUGAGCAAGGUAAAUUGAACCAGGAGACAGCAGAGGAAGCUGCAAAAGAGCAGGAAGCUGCCCUCUCCGAAGCCAACCCAGACAACUGUAUCCUUAAUAAAUCUGAAAGCUCAGAAAUAGAGGAGAAGGAGGAGAAGCUGAGCGAUGCCAAGACAGAGCUGCAGAAACGAGGUGCAAAUCAGAACCAACAAAAGAAGAGAUCCAAGUCAGGAGCUAAAGGAAAACUCGUCCGGAGCCUUGCUGUGUGUGAAGAGUCCUCCCCUCGCCCGGGAGCGGAAAAUCUUCAUGAGAAUCAGGAAUCAAUCCAACUACAGCUCUCAAGUUUUCCUAGCUUGCAAGAAGAAGAUAAAUCUAGUAAAGAUGACUCCGAGAAAGAAAAAGACAAGGAUAAAAAUAAAGAAAAAGAUAAAAACAGUGAAAAAUCCAAGAUCAGAAUGUUAUCAAAAGAUUGCAGUCAAGAGUAUACAGACUCCACAGGCAUAGACUUGCAUGAGUUUCUCAUUAACACAUUGAAGAAUAACCCCAGGGACAGAAUGAUACUGUUGAAAAUGGAACAGGAAAUUAUUGAUUUUAUUAGUGACAACAAUAAUCACUAUAAAAAGUUCCCUCAGAUGUCAUCCUACCAGAGGAUGUUAGUGCACAGAGUGGCAGCUUACUUUGGGAUGGAUCACAACGUGGAUCAGACUGGGAAAUCUGUAAUUAUCAACAAGACCAGCAAUACAAGAAUACCAGAGCAAAGGUUUUCUGAACAUUUAAAAGAUGAAAAAGGUGAAGAAUCCCAGAAGCGAUUUAUCUUGAAGCGAGAUAACUCUAGUAUUGAUAAAGAAGACAAUCAGCAAAACAGAAUUCUUCCAUUUAGAGAUGACAGACGAAGUAAAUCAAUUGAAGAGAGAGAAGAGGAGUAUCAGAGAGUGAGGGAGAGAAUAUUUGCACAAGAUUCAGUUUGCUCCCAGGAAAACCUUUUUGUGGAAACCAGUAGGCUGUUGGAAGACAGCAGCAUAUGCAAUGAGACCCAUAAGAAAAGACAACUGUUUAGGGGUAACAGAGACAGCCUGGGGAAGGCGUCUGGCAGUCGACAGAGCAGCACGGAGAACGACCUGAAGUGGGCAGAUCACCAGAGGCCGUGGAGCAGCACGGACUCGGACAGCUCCAACCGUAAUCUGAAGCCAGCCAUAACAAAGACAGCCAGCUUCGGUGGGAUAACUGUCCUGACAAGAGGAGAUAGCUCGUCCAGCAACAGGAGUACCGGCAAACUGUCCAAAACAGGCUCAGAGUCUUCCAGCAGCGCUGGCUCCUCAGGAUCCCUGUCACGAAUACAUCAGCCUCUCCAAAGUGCAUCUCUUGUCCCCGGGGUGACAGCCAGCUCUCCAGGCAGCGUGUCCUACCCUGAGAACGGGAUGAGUGGCCAGGUGGCCCCCAGCAACACCAGCUACAUCAUUCUUCCACUUGAAGCUGCAGGGAUACCGCCUGGCAGCAUCCUUCUCAACCCUCACACAGGUCAACCGUUCGUAAAUCCUGAUGGGACACCGGCAAUAUACAACCCUCCCAGUGGCCAGCAGACCAUGAGGAGCCAGAUGGUGGGACAGUCCCAGCAGCAGCCUUCAUCCCAGCAGCCUCAGCAAGUUCAACAGCCACAGCAGCAAAUGGCAAGUCACCUUGUCACACAGCCUGUUCAGGCAAUGCAGCCAUCUUCUCAAUCAGUCCAGUAUCCAGCAGUUUCUUAUCCUCCCCAGCAUCUCCUGCCAGUCUCUCCGACGCAGCAGUUCUCUGUGCGAGACGACAUGACGACGCAGUUUAACCAGAUGAGCUUAAGCCGUCAGUCAUCAGGAGACAACCCCGAAUCGCCUUCUGGUCCUGUCUAUCCCUCGCCAAUCUUGCAGCAGCCUGCCCAGCAGACAGGUUACAUUAUGGCUUCUCCAAGUCAGCAGCUUCCCCCAGGAGGCUUCACAGGUUCAGGUCCACCAGUCUCCCAGCAAGUGCUGCAGCCACCCCCGCCACCACCCCAGGGCUUCGUGCAACAACCGCCGCCACCUGCUCAGAUGCCAGUGUAUUAUUACCCAUCUGGUCAGUACCCUACCUCAACAACUCAGCAGUACAGACCCAUUGCCUCAGUUCAGUACAAUGCACAGCGGAGUCAACAGAUCCCACAGACUGCCCAGCAAGCAGGUUACCAGCCUGUCCUGCCGAACCAGCAGCAGGGGUUCCAGGGUCUCAUGGGAAUGCAGCAGCCGCCCCAAAGCCAGAACCUGAUGAAUAAUCAACAGGGAAAUCAGGUGCAAGGCAUGAUGGUGCAGUACCCAGCCAUGUCCUCUUAUCAGGUGCCAAUGACCCAGGGUUCUCAAGGAUUGCCACAACAAUCAUAUCAACAACCAAUCAUGCUACCUAAUCAAUCAGGUCAAGGAACACUUACAGCCACUGGAAUGCCUGUCUACUGUAAUGUCAUACCUCCUGCCCCACAGAACAACCUCCGGUUGAUCGCCCCACACUGCCCCUCCAGUAACGUCCCGGUUCUGUCUGCCAGCUGCAGGACAAACUGUGCCAGCAUCAACAAUGGAGGGUGGCAGGUCAAGUACUGA